GCCCUCACUCUUCUCGCCCCUCGCCCUCCACAGCCUGCGGACACUCAUUCACCGUCCCGUCACGACCGCCAUCAAGCGCAGCACAACCCGUUUCCAACCCAUCCUCCGCACACUUGCCGCAGCACAAGCAUUCGCCGCCGCGAAGCCCUCCUUGAUCCGGCAAUUCUCCUCAUCGCCGUUUAAACAAGCAACAUACAAUCAGGUACGGCGCGGAUGUCGUAAAGCUCAAGCUGCGCGCCGCUCCCGCUCUCCGGCGCUCAUCAACCGAUCGCAGAUGAAGGGCGUGUGCAUGAAGACGGGUAUCACGAAACCGAAGAAACCUAACUCCGGUGAGCGUAAGACGGCCAGAGUCAGGCUUAGUAGUGGGAAGGUUGUUACGGCUUAUAUCCCUGGUGAAGGUCAUAAUGUCCAGCAGCACAGUGUUGUGCUUGUUCGCGGUGGCAGAGCGCCGGAUUGUCCUGGUGUGAAGUACCAUUUGGUCCGAGGAGCUAUGGAUCUGGGCGGUGUUGCUAGUCGAGUUACCAGCAGGUCAAAGUAUGGUACCAAGAAGCCCAAGAAGGAUUAG